GAUUUUAUUUAUUUCUUUGAGAGACUGAGUUACAGAUAAAGAAAGGGAGAAACAGAGAGAAAGGUCUUCCAUCCGCUGGGUCACUCCCGAAAUGGCCACAGUGGCCAAAGCUGAUCCCAUCCAAAGCCAGGGGCCAAAAGCUGCUUCCAGGUCUCCCCCAGGGGUGCAGGGGCCCAAGGACUUGGGCCAUCUUCUGUUGCUUUCCCAGGCCACAGCAGAGAGCUGGAUCGGAAGUGGAGCAGCCAGGACAGGAACUGGCACCCAUAUGGGAUAUCGGGGCUGCAGGCAGAAGCUUAGCCUAUGAAGCCACAGUCCUGGGCCCUUCACCAUUUUCAGUACUAACCUCUGACCUUUGAACAGAGAAAGCCUUUUCAAAGCAUUUACAUACACAGGCUUGGUGGUGACUGCUAUAGCUGUCAUUGUCCCUGUGGGACAGCUGCAUGCCCAGGAGACCUGCCUGGGGGGAGGGUGCUGAUGCUCACAAGGGGAUCCACACCCAUUUGCAAAGCCCCCCCUCCCCUCCGCCCACAGCUGGUUCAGUGGUGCUCCCAAUAUCGGCCUCAUCUCUGACCCAGAGCAGACCAAGGGAGGGAGGGGGCCUCUGCUCAGCCUUGAGACCGCCCUGCAGACACAACAAGGGGUGGGGUCCCCACCCGCAGAGGGCGGGGCAAAGCCCUAGAUAUCCUGGGAGUGCUCCUGGCCCUCAGGGACUCUGUCCACCAGCCGCCCAUGGACCGCACUGUGGUGCUCAUCACGGGCUGCUCCUCAGGCAUAGGCCUGCACCUGGCCGUCCGCCUGGCGUCGGACCCAUCUCAGAGCUUCAAAGUGUACGCCACCCUGCGGGACCUGGGGGCGCAGGGCCCCCUGCUGGAGGCAGCCCGCGCCCGGGGGUGCCAGCCCGGCUCCCUGGAGACCUUGCAGCUGGACGUAAGGGACUCGGAUUCUGUGGCUGCUGCCCGGGCACGUGUGACCGAGGGCCGCGUGGAUGUGUUGGUGUGCAACGCGGGCCGGGGAGUGCUCGGGCCGCUGGAGGCGCACUCGCUGGACACCGUGGCCUCGGUGCUGGAUGUGAACGUGGUCGGCUUGGUGCGGACGCUGCAAGCCUUCCUGCCGGACAUGAAGCGGCGCGGCUCGGGUCGGGUGCUGGUGACUGGCAGCGUGGGCGGCUUGAUGGGGCUGCCCUUCAAUGACGUUUACUGCGCCAGCAAGUUUGCGGUCGAAGGUUUAUGCGAGAGCCUGGCCGUUCUGCUGCCGCCCUUCGGGGUCCACCUAAGCAUCAUCGAGUGUGGGCCGGUGCACACCGCCUUCCUGGAGAAGCUGGAGGGCGGCCCCGGAGGGGCCCUGGACCGCGCCGACGCCCAGACGCGCCAGCUCUACUCCCGGUACGAGCGCCACUACGAGCAGGUCUUCCGCGAGACGGGGCAGGACCCCGAGGAGGUGACGGAGGUCUUCCUCACCGCGCUGCGCGCCCCGGAGCCCUCCCUGCGCUACUUCAGCACCGAGCGCUUCCUGCCCCUGACGCGGCUGCGCCUGGACGACCCCAGCGGCUGCAACUACGUCGCCGCCAUGCACCAAGCGGCGUUCGCCGCCGAGAGCGCCAAGGCCGGCCCCGAAGGCCCUGGGGGCCCCGAGCCCGGCGCGCCUCCCGCCGCCCCGUAAUAAAGGCUUGGUCUGCGGUG